CUGACCAAGGUUGCGAAAUGUCAGUUAUCGUUAACAACGAUGAGGCCACAACACUGAACAACAUUAUAAAAUCAUUCAAGCCAGCAUUCAAAAAGGCUACUGGUGACAGCAGGCGAAUGAGGAGUCCCUGGGCUAAGAAACAAUGUAUAAAAGUAUGUAUGGAUAUCACGGCUGCUAGAAGUCCAACGGAACCAUCUUCUGUACAUCUGGCUAAACAUUUCAUGCAGUAUCUUUCGGAUGGUGGAAUCGUACAAACAUCAGACCAGUCACGCACUGUGUUAGAUAUUGACAAAGAUAGUUUCAAGAUAAAGCCUAAACGUGUAGAUCACAAUGGUUCUCCCUUUGUGAGCAUCAGUUACGGCGAGUUCAGAGUUCCUGUUGGAGAAGCAGCCAUCCUCAAAACUAACGUCAUCGCAGAACCUGCUGCGACAGCGAUUGAAUGGUUUAGAAAAGAAAAUGAUAUGGAGUUUAAAAUAGAAAUAGACAACGAAAAAUAUUUCGGAAGCUCUAAUCUCUCACCCACAUUGGUCAUCCGUAGAACAAAUAUUGAAGAUUGUGGACAUUACUUGUGCAAGGCAACAAAUGAAAAUGGAGUUGGCUUAAGCAGCAUUGCUUUUCUGUCGAUACAACCAGGUACGAUACAUGAUUAUGGUGCCGGAGCAACGCAGGAAGUCAUGACACCACAAUCCCGUGACCAAGCUGAUAUAAAAACAAAAAUAAGAGAGGGACGGAGCGGGACUCCAAAGAUAAGAGAGCAGGACGGGCUGAACGAAGCGGGACGGAGCGGGACUCGACAGAUAAGAGAGGGACGGAGCGGGACUCGACUGAUAAGAGAGGGACGGAGCGGGACUCCACAGAUAAGAGAGCAGGACGGGCUGAACGAAGCGGGACGGAGCGGGACUCGACUGAUAAAAGAGGGACGGAGCGGGACUCGACUGAUAAGAGAGGGACGGAGCGGGACUCCACAGAUAAGAGAGGGACGGGCUGAACGAAGCGGGACUCCACAGAUAAGAGAGGGACGGAGCGGGACUCGACAGAUAUGAGAGCAGGACGGGCUGAACGAAGCGGGACGGAGCGGGACUCCACAGAAGAGAGGGACGGAGCGGGACUCCACAGAUAAGAGAGGGACGGGCUGAACGAAGCGGGACGGAGCGGGACUCGACAGAAGAGAGGGACGGAGCGGGACUCCACAGAUAAGAGAGGGACGGGCUGAACGA